UGGUUCAAACUUCAAAGUAAAUGUGUUUAUUCAAUUUUACUUCAUUUCAAUUCAAAUAUCUAUGCGGUAUUGCGGUGCUAGACUAGAAUAGUGUGGUAUCCAUCAAAAACUUAUUAAAUCCAAUCUUCAUUACUAUUUAGUUCUACUUAUUAUUUUUGUUUACUCACUAAUAACCUUUUUAAUUACCAACUACUAUUUAAGAUGAAGCUUAAGACUAAUAAUUCAGCUAAGAAGCCCGUGAAUGCAAACAAAAAUAAGUCUCCGAAAAAACAAGGUAAAGGCGGUGUACAAGUUAGAAAAGAAAAGUCAAAAGAUAUUGUCAAGCCAACUGUUUUGAAAAAAGAAGGAGAAAAAGUUAAAGUAGAAACACCUCCCAAUCCUGAAAAAUUGGCUUUACAAGGGUUAUGGGCUAAAGCUAUUCAAAAUGUUUCAAAUUUGACAAACCUUUCUGACGAAGAGAGUAGUAUUGCUAAGCUAUUAGGAGAUUACAAAAAUAAAUCUUCUGUUCCGCAAAAGAAAAUUAAAUUGAAAAAUAUGAUUACAAAAGGAUUUUCUAAAUUUAAGGAUACUAGUGAUGAAGUGUUAGAUGGACUCUAUGAAAAAUUAAUUAAUGAAUUCAAAGCUGUUGGUGGUAACGUAGAUAAUAUAAAUAAAAAACCAGAUAGAGCUCCAAAAUCUAAAAAAGAAGAAGUUUCUAAUGAUGAAGAAAUUGAUGAUGAUGAAGUUGAAGAUGAAGUUGAUGACGAUGAUGAUGAGAUUGAAGGUCUUGAAGUUGAUGAUGAUGAAGAUGAAGAUGAAGAUGAUGAAGAAAGCGAAGAAGAAAAACCUAAACCCAAAGGUAAAGGUGCUUUCAAAAAUGGUAAAAGUCAACCAAAUAAUGGAAAAAAUGGUUCAAAAUUCAAAGGUGGCAAAGUACAAAAAAAUAAGAAGUUUGGUAAGAAAAAGUAAUUUUUGUAGUUUGUAAUCUUUACAUUUUUGACUUUUGUAUGAUUUUUCAACUUUGUAACUAUAAUUUUACAAAUAUUUAAUUAUAAUAAAUAUUACUAUUUAUAAAUUCAA